CUAGAUCCAGAUCUAAUAUAGUUUUUAUAUAGUAAUAUAGAUCUAUAAAGUCUAGACAGUAUAGUCUGGAGUCAAGAUCUAGAAAUAAAUAGAUCUAAAGAACAUAGAUUUCUAGAUCUAGUUCUUGUUUUAAAUCUGGACUUUUGGCUUAUUUACAGACUUAAAAUAAAAAUGUUGCAGGCAAACUAAUGUUUUAUUUGGAAGUUGAGUGCUAGCACCAGCAAUCAAACUGGGGUGCAGCCAAGCUAAAGCUGACCGCCCUCACAAGGGUUGUUGCUGUUGUAUAAUGAAUCAACUCAGGCCUUCAGCAAAUGUUACCGCUCAAAAUUCCGAGCUUAUCAUUGGGCGUAAGAAGGUCACCCUGGCCCCAGGGCAUUCUUUGAUGGACUGGAUACGCCUUGGACGUAGUGGUGACCUCAGCGGUGUAGGCAGUAACAAGCGGAUUGUGACUCCGGCUGAGCUGGCCUUGCAUAAUACACAGAAGGACAUGUGGAUGUGCUUACGAGGGAAAGUGUACAAUGUGACGCCAUAUCAGGACUACCAUCCAGGAGGCAUCGAUGAGUUGAUGAAAGCAGCAGGAAGAGAUGGAACAGCCUUAUUUGAUGAGAUCCACAACUGGGUAAAUGUGGAGUCUAUGCUAGAGAAAUGUUUUAUAGGUCAAUUAGAGAUAAGUGCAGGUGGUGCCAACAAACCAGGUGAAUUUAUCAAACCAAGACAAGCUUCAUUACUUUCAGUUCUUGAAUUACUUGAUGAGCCCAAUCAAGACUGGUAUCAGAACAAUGAAGAAGUAAUUGUGAUUGUCUACACAAAGUUCAAUGAAGUCAAUGACAGAUGUGUGAUAGUGGACAUUACCGAUGAAGAGAUACUUAUACAAGUAGUGAUUAGAACUAAUUCCUUUUUUGUGCACUUCUGUCCUCAUCAGCCUGUGUCACUUAACUGUAGGGUGACAGUAUCUGGCGUGGGUAAAGUAGAAGUUUUCUUUGAGAAGAAAAAUCACAAUGUACACUGGACCUCAUUAGGAAAACCUUUGUCCUUAAAUAACAACUUCAAUAAAACUAAAGCAGAAUGCAAGUUUCGAUAUUGGACUGUAAAAAGUAAUACCGCAGUGACCCAUGACACCAGAUUCAUCCAUCUUCUAGCUCCCCCUGGCUUUAGAAUGGCUACACCUAUAGGCUAUCAUAUACAUAUCAAGGCUGUUAUCUCAGGCAUGGAGAUAAGCCGCAGCUAUACCGCUGUAGCCCCAUCUUUAACAUAUCCAUUUAGUGACCCAGAAAAUCUACUGGGUCGGUCAAUGUAUUUGAUGGUCAAGCGUUACUCAGGUGGUGCCUUGUCCCCUUGGCUGUAUGACAUCCAUCCAGGAGAGAAAGUUCUAAUGAGCAAUUAUGAUGGGGAUUUUGUUUUGAAAAACCUUGAAAACACAACCUACUUGGCAAUGUUUGCUGCGGGCACUGGAUUCACGUCAAUGAUCAAUCUUUUAAUUCAUGCCCUAUAUAAAAUGUGUGAUUCUAAAUUUCAAGUGAAGUUAAUGUUUUAUAAUAAAGCAAAAAAGGACAUUCUCUGGCAUGAUGAGCUCAAUAAACUGCAACAAACUUUCCCUACUAGGUUCUCUGUAACUCACGUUUUGUCUCGAGAGACUGACAAAUCAUGGAAAGGUUUGCAGGGUAGAGUUUGUGAAGCUCAUGUAAAAUCCUGUGUGGCAGAGAUGAUUAAGACGCCCAGACCUUUUUUCUGUAUCUGUGGUCCCUGGGCAUACAAUGACUCAGUGGAAAGCUUAGCAAAGCUAAGUGGACUUUCUAAUGAACAAAUUUAUAUAUUUACACAAAACUACUAGCCUGCAUCAUUGACUGUGUUACCCCAUCAUGCACCAUGCAGCAGCAGACAAGCAGUAUGAACAAGACAGUCACAUUAACAUAUCAAACUGGGCUACUCUCUCUGUAUUCUAUGUUCUAAGUGUUUAGGCUAGCCAUCCAAAUGUUUGUGCAUUAUAAUUUCUCUGAAUAUGUUGUGAAGAGAUGCAUGGCACAUUGGAAAGUUAUAUAUGAAUUGCUGUGUUCACUAGAAAGUCUUGAUAACAUUUACUCUGACCAGUUUUGCCAAAGCUGAAUAUGACAUGACAUGAAUAUGGAGUUUCAAUUUUUAGUGUUGAACAUGAACAGAAAUCAACCGACUGGCUUUCAUGCUCAAGGAGUGAUUCUAUUAAGCAUGCUGUGAUAGUCCAAAAAUAUUCAUUCAACAUUUAAAAUAAAGCUAAAUAUGAGAAAUUAGUUCAAGGAAUCAGAAUUAGCUCAUCUAAACAGUAGUUUCUGAGACAACUCAAGAUAAAAAAAGUUUUGGGUUACAGUUCUUUAUUAUUGACUUUGUAAAAAAAAAAAGUAAUUUCUAAUUUCUGACAUUUUUUUAUUUAUUUUACAAACAUUAUAAAAGAUAUAAUCGAAUCAAAAAUUUAAUGUGAUCAAUGUUACUUGAUACCCGGGUAGUCAUAAAAACUGUAAGCAAUAUUAUUUUGAUUUAGCCAUGUUCAUCUCCUAUUUAUGUUUAUUGUUUUUCAAUCAAGUAUAUGACUGUUUGAAAUGCAAAUCUUUGUGUGGUAUAAAUAUUUGUAAACUCAAGCAUAAUGCCAACAUCUGCAUAUUUUGUACAUUCAAUGAAUGCUAACUAAAAGGCCAUAAUAUCAUUCUACAUUUAGUUUCAACAAAACCUACCAGAAAUGAAUGUGUAACAGUAAUAAACAAAAAAAAUAAUGCCUGCUCAAAUCUGCAUAGUAUAACAAACUUUUAUUAAUUGUGCUAUUUCAGUAAGUCCCAUGGGUUUUUGAGUAAUUGCUAUUGAUUGCUUAAAACAAACUCACAAUGAAGUUAAUUGUUAUAAUAUGUUAGCAGGUUAUGCUAAACUGCACCAAGACCAGACAGCCCUGUUUGCAUAUGAUGAAAAUAGAAAUCCUUCAUAAAAAUUAUUGGGGUUUUUUUUUUGUUUUUUUUUUUUUUGGUAUUUUUUUUAUUGUUAGGCAUUCUGUGUUUCUCUAUUUUUAUAUCUUAUUGCCAAGUUGAUGCUCAAAAUGUCCAAACUAGGCUAGACACAUCUGUAUAACAUCUUUAGAUGAGUUUUAGUAGUUUACAUAUGUAUUACCUUGAUACAUUGAUAAAUACAUUGAUUUUCAUUAUAUAAAACUUGUGACAUUUUAUAUAUAUAUAUAUAUAAGCCAUGCAUACCCAUAUAAGCAGCUUCUCAUGACCUUGCUAGCCAGUUGGAACUUGCUAAUCAACAAAAGCUGAGCUGAACUACUAUUUCCUGGGUUACUUGGUGCAUGUAGAAGGACAACACACUUCUAGCCAGUGUGAGCUAACUUGACUACAUUGUACAGGGACUGACAUAAUUUGAACAUUUCUUACAUUUUUGUAUUACAUGUUUAUAUACUUAUGUACAUUAGCUGUUAGUUGGUUCAAAUAAAUGAUAUUUACAUAAGCAAUGAAAAGUGACAAUUCUGACUUGAUGUUGUAAUCAAGGGAAAUAACUUAAAAUCCUGAAACAUGUUUUGUUAGAUAAUCUCACUAAUUUGUUAUAUUCAUCUAUUGAUUUUGUCAUAUUUAAAAAAUACAGACACAUUUAUAUAUUAAAUCUUCAACGAAACAAUUUAUUUGGUUCUCAUAUUUUAUUAAAGGCAAGAGUUUGUUGUUGUUGUU